AUGGCACAACUCGUGAGCCAAUUAGUCAGACAUAGUUUGAGAUCAUUCUCGUGCACACAGACAGUGAAAAUUAUCAACUCUUGUGGUAAAUCCAGUGGGUUUGAGCACGUGAGGUCGAUCGUCACGACACCAGUCGUCAAGGCGGAGAGAUGGUUCACUGAGAAACAUGAGUGGGUGGAGGUAAACGGGAAAAUUGGCACUGUCGGCAUCUCCGAUUACGCUCAGGAUGCAUUGGGGGACGUUGUCUACGCACAAUUGCCCGACGUAGGGACGGAAAUCAAACAGGAUGAGGAAGUUGGUGCACUUGAAUCUGUAAAAGCAGCUUCCGAGGUGAUAAGCCCAGUGAGUGGAAAAGUUGUGGAGAAAAAUGAAGCUGUUGAAAAUAAACCAGGCCUCAUCAAUACCUCGUGCUACACCGAGGGCUGGCUCUUCAAAGUCGAGCUCUCCAGGCUCGAUGAAAUAGCGAAAUUAAUGAAUGAAAAGUCGUACGAGGAAUUUUUGAAAUCUGAUCCACACUAACUGUCAUGAAUGUAAAAUUACUUGCAAUUGCCCGCAGGCCAUCGACUUUUUCUCAAAGAAAUUUACCGUAAAAACUAAAUGAGAAAUGAAAAACUUUGACCAACAGCAAAAACAUUUGCAGUUUUUCGAAAUCUAAAAUCGUUAAUGAUUAGCCGACUCUUCGUUAUUCAAUGAUCUUAAAAAUUCUAUAGCAAACUCGCAUUCUGCCUCACUUGUUAACGAGAAUGUAUUCCACCUCUCGAUAAUUAAUGUCGCCUCGUAACGCUGGUAAAUGACUUGCGGCUCCCCACAGACCUCGAGAAAAAUAAUGAUUUGAAUUUUUUUUUUCACCAUGUCACCCUCUCCGGUGACAGUACCACUAAAUAGUCAGUCGACGUUCAAUGAAAAAUAAACUAAAGUAAUGAAUUUCAGUGUAAAUGGCAUUUUGCAAAGAUGAACAUCACCUUGUUUUCAUGUUAAUAAUAAAGAUAUAUAUUUACAGUCAAUGAAUCUUCACCUUUUUCAUUUUUUUUUCUGCAUCAUGUUUUUUUCUACAUAAUUUACAAUUUGCCAGCGCUCAACGGCAGUGUUAACAACGCACAAAGUAUUUUAUAUUUAUAUCAUUAUGAUUUGUGUUCUCCACUUGCUGUUUUUUGUAUUUUUAUCCCCCUCUUGAUUCUCUGUAAAUUUUAAAUUCCACCAAGUAAGCAAUUUUCAGAAAUUUUCACUAUAUUUUUGGAUUUUAGUCACAUCAAAUAUUUAAAUUAGAGUAAUCAAUUGAUUUUAGAUAUCGACUUUCUCCGCCAAUUAAUAAUAAAACUGUACACCGAUUAUUUCACACAAUGUACAAUAAAACACUCUCAUGAAGUA